AUGGCUACCGGAAAGGUCGCGCCCAAGAGGGACCUCAGAUCCUGGGACGCUCUCACGCCGCCGCUUGCCGAAUGGAUCCUCGACGCCGUGUCGACCAUGGGCUUCCGUCAGAUGACCCCUGUGCAAGCCGCCACUCUGCCGCACUUUAUGGGCAACAAAGAUGUGGUUGUCGAGGCCGUCACCGGGAGCGGCAAAACACUGGCCUACCUGAUCCCCGCCGUGCAGAGGCUGCUGCGGCUCGAGGAGCCCACCAAGAAACAUCACGUUGGCGCCAUCAUCGUUUCCCCGACGCGGGAGCUGGCUGCUCAGAUUCACUCUGUCCUCCUGUCGCUUCUCGAGUUUCACCCCCCAUCUGCUGAGCUUGUGCCGUACCUAAAAGGCGACGAGAAGCGGCCGGCCACCGCGGUGCCCGUCGUCGUGCCCCAGCUGCUCGUGGGCGGCACAACUACGCCAGCCCAAGAUCUCAGUUUCUUCCUCCGUCACAGCCCCAACCUUCUCAUAUCGUCACCCGGCCGACUCGUUGAGCUUUUGGCCUCACCCCACGUCCACUGCCCCCAGUCUUCCUUCGAGAUUCUUGUUCUCGACGAAGCUGAUAGACUGCUUGAUCUCGGCUUCAAACAGGACCUUCAAGGAAUCAUCUCACGCUUGCCCAAACAAAGACGAACCGGCUUGUUCAGCGCCAGUGUCAGUGAAGCCGUUGGUGAGAUUAUCAGGGUCGGCUUGCGCAAUCCCGUCAAGAUUGAGGUCAGGGUCAAGAUGAAAGACGGCGGCACUCUCGAGGACAGGAAGAUACCGGCCAGUCUGCAGAUGGCCUACUUGAUGAAGCCAGCAAGCCAAAGACUGCCUGCGUUAUCGCAACUCCUGGAGCGACUUCCUGUGACGCCGCAAAGAAGUAUCGUCUUUCUCUCCACCUGUGCUGCCGUCGAUUACUUCCAGCACGUUCUUCCCGCGCUCCUCCCGGCUGGCUUCGCGUUGAUACCCCUUCAUGGCAAACAUGCGGCAAAGGUGCGCGAGAAGAACUUUAACCGUUUCCUGACUUCUGUAUCCCCCACAAUACUCUUGACCACGGACCUGGCAGCUCGAGGUCUGGAUAUUCCCCAGGUCGAUCUGGUCGUGCAGAUUGACGCACCUUCAGACCCGAAAGUCUUCAUCCAUCGAAGCGGGAGAGCUGGGAGGGCAGGGCGGAAAGGACUCGCGGUAGUGAUGCUGCACCCCGGACGAGAGGAGGACUACAUUAGAUUCCUGGAAGUUCGAAAGACCCCGAUUAUCCCGCUGGAGAAGCCCCAGGUUUCUGUCUCGGAGGAUGACGCCGCGACGGCAUCGCGGACAAUUCGAAAUAUUGUUAAACAAGAUCGAGCGCUCUACGACAAGGCUCAAAAGGCCUUUGUCAGCUGGGUUCGAAGUUACGGCGCUCACCAGGCAACGUCGAUAUUCCGAGUCGGGGACCUUGACUGGACAGAUUUGGGCCAUGCCUGGGGCCUUCUUCGCAUGCCCAGAAUGCCCGAGUUGAAGCGAUGGGAGGGAGACAAGAUGUUGGGAGUCGAAAUGGACUGGGACGCGUUCGAGUACAAGGACAAGGCAAGAGAAAUUGCGAGAAAGGAGGCGCUAGAGGCUGAAAAGUCGGGAGAGACCCGAGACAAGGUGGCCGACUUGAAGCGAAAGAGGAAGAACAACGAGGCCUGGAGUGGGAAGCAUGAGAUGGAAGGGUUGCGGGUCGAGAGGCGCGAGAAGCGACACAAGAAAAGAGAGGCCGAGAAGUGGGCCAACAUGACGACGGAGGACAGGGCCAAGCAGGUGGAACUGAAGGAACUGAUCCAACAGGUCCGGAAGCAAAACGAGGCAAGGGCCGAGUCGAAGGAUGAUGAGUUCGAGGGCUUCGACGAUUAG